CGCACAUUUUAGUCGACAGAGAAUCACACAUCUUAUCCGUCCAAGCAAACCUAAUAGAUGGAGUUAAGUGAGAUAACCCGUUAAUUUAAGACAUAAUGCAACGCCUAUUAAAUACUUUAUGUUAAAGUUCUUCCAUGUGAGAUGUAUCUCUUAUUUUACUCUGUCGGAAUUUUGUUUUUAACUUUAUUUGUGGGGCUACUUCGUCUAUAAACUAGUCUGCACUCUUGUUGUGGAUUGUCCCAACAAAAUGACUCUUCCAGCUUUGCAAAACACCGGCGUGAUUUACAGGAGGAUCCUGUCACAGUUUCCUCAAGACAUUAGCUUAGCUUUUGCAUACGGAUCUGGUGUUUUUAAACAGCAUGGGACCAGCCAAGGUCAAAUGGAGAAAAACAUGCUGGACUUUGUGUUUGCGGUGGAUGACCCAGUGACAUGGCACACUAUGAAUUUGCUUCAGAAUCGCAGACACUACUCCAUCCUGAAGAUACUGGGGCCCACCAAAAUCAGCUCCAUACAAAAUGACUAUGGAGCUUCUGUUUACUACAACACACUCGUGCCUAUUGAUGGAAAGAUAAUUAAAUAUGGGGUGAUUAGUACAGACUCAUUGAUUGACGACCUCAUGCACUGGAACACCAUGUAUGUUGCUGGACGUCUUCACAAGCCGGUGAAAAUGUUGGUACAGAAUGAGAAUGGGAAGCUCCGUGCUGCUCUGGUAUCCAACCUGAAAAGCGCGGUUAUGGCCUCCUUCCUUAUGCUGCCAGAAAGCUUCACAGAGGAAGAACUUUUUCUGCAGAUUGCUGGACUUUCUUAUGCUGGAGAUUUUCGGAUGAAGAUUGGAGAGGACAAAUCCAAAGUGUCCAAUAUUGUCAAGGACAACAUUCAGCAUUUUAGGAUUCUUUACAGCAACAUCCUCCGGGACUGCCCUCAGGUGGUCUACAAACCUCCACAAGGAAGACUUGAGGUUGACAAAAGUCCUGAAGGCCAAUUCAUCCAGCUGAUGGCACUGCCCAGAACUCUUCAGCAGAGGAUCACAAAGCUGGUUGACCUUCCUGGGAAAAACCGUGACGUGGAGGAGAUCCUGCUGCAGGUGGCUCAGGACCCUGACUGUGGAGCUGUGGUGCAUCAAGGUAUCUCAUCUAUUGUUAAGUCCUCCAGCAUAACACAGAGUAUCAAAGGCAUUGCUACAGCUGGUUUACGGAAGACCGUCUCCUAUAGCUCCAAAAAACUGAUGAAGAUGUGGAAGAGCUGGAGGAGGAAGCAGUCUGUCUCACAGAUGUCCUGAUGCAGAUUACUAGGAAUUUUUCGCUUCUUUUCAGUCUUGUAUCACUUUUUGUGUAUAGUGUGGAAGUCUCUCUGCACUUGUCCCGUCCCAUUAAACCUCUGAUGGCUGCAGAAGAAACCAUUACAUUUCCAAAACAAGACUGAAAAUAGGUUUCAUAGAUGCACAUACAGCCAUCGGGUACUGCUGAGAGGGUGAAAGGAAAACUCUGCUGAUAAAAAGGUCACUGAGCCUGUGUGAACAUUUACUUCAAAAAGUUUGGUUUCAGUUAAGUAUUACAUUUAUGUGUUUGUUUUUUUUCUAUUGAUUGUGGGUCUAGCUUUGGGUUUCAUCCCUGGCAAUAACUUUGCCAAAGAUUGGUUGAAUUGGUAUAUCUUUCCUGGAGUUUUUAUUCAUUCACGGCAGUUUUCUGAUGGGAAGCUGCCUCUACUGGCUGUACACUGUAACUCUGGAAUGAUGCAGUAAAAACAAUUUAUAUAAAAAAACCCCUGUUUUUUAAAACACGGCAACAAGUCAACUGCUUAGUUUUGCUUUGCCGUCGGGUACUAAGUUGCAAAACUAAGUUCAGUAAAACUGAAGCUUCUGAAUUAAGAAAGAAGAAUUUUGACCAGACAUAAAUAUCUCCACUCAGCUUCUUCACUGCAUUUUAACAUAGUGUUUCUGCCCUCUUGUAAAAUGCUCUGGUUAUCAUUAAUGUAAACUUAACUCUAGUUGCUCAACAUACGGUACUCAACACAGAGGUUUCAUUGUUCUAGUGAAAUCAGAUUACACAAACAUGCAUUUUUUUAUUAAUCAUUUUUGUUAUGUUGUGAUUUUUCAAAAAAUAAAAUCAUGUUUAAUUUG